GCUAGGAAAAAAAAAAAAAAAAAAAAAGAAAAGAAAAGCAAGCGGCAAGUGCUGAAGAAAUUGCAGAACCUUGUCUGCACUUUUUUCAGCUCCUUAUAUGUCACUCACUCUCUAGGCUUCUUCUAUUCCUUUCUUCAUAGGAUAAAGAAAUAAAAUUUGAAGAAGGAGGAGAAGAAGAAGAAGAAGAAGAAGAAGAAGAAGAAGAAGAGAAAUGGGGGUGGGAGAAGCGUCCUCAAAGCUUAAAAAGGCAGCUAGGAAAAUGGUGGUUGCUGCCUGCGCUUCCUUCUCCUCUAGAAAGCCUCCUGCUCUUGGGGAUCCCCUUUCCAUUGACAACUCCAUCAAUGGGUCGGAUUCUACGGUUAUUUCUCCUACAAAGCCAAAGAAUACCUUAGAGGAAACAGAAUCCACCGCCAUCGACAAUGACAAUAGCGUGGCUUCUAAGCAGAACUUGUGCGCAAUAUGCCUGGAAGCUCUGACUUACAGCACGGGGAACAGCCCGGGCCAGGCUAUAUUCACAGCUCAGUGCUCUCAUGCAUUCCACUUUGCUUGCAUCUCAUCCAAUGUGCGUCAUGGUAGUGUCACCUGCCCCAUCUGCCGUGCCCAUUGGACCCAGCUCCCCCGCAACCUAAACCCACCUUGUUCUCUCCAAAAUGACCCCAUUUUUCGAAUCCUUGAUGACUCCAUUGCCACUUUCAGGGUUCAUAGACGCUCCUUUCUACGGUCUGCUCGUUACAAUGACGAUGACCCUAUUGAGCCUGAUGACACCUCCAAUCAUCCACGCCUUGACUUCUCUCUCGUGCCCAUACCACCAACAAUCUUUCGUCAUCCAUACACACAACGAACUAGUCAUGGCUCACACUACAACCCUCCCCAUCACAUAACAGCCUUCUCCCCUUCAAUAUUUUACCCUCCAUCUCCUUACACAUGCUCCUCCUCAAAUAGAAGACCUGCUGCUGCCUAUCUCUCUGUAAAAUCAACACAUCAAAGAGCAAAAGACUUGGUUCUGGUUGCAAGCCCCAAUGGAGCGCAUUUGAGACUUCUCAAGCAGUCCAUGGCAUUAGUGGUAUUUUCUCUCCGCUCCAUUGAUCGUCUGGCUAUUGUGACUUACUCUUCCUCUGCAGCCCGUGUCUUCCCAUUGAGACGCAUGACAUCAUAUGGCAAGCGCACAGCCCUGCAAGUAAUUGAUCGUCUUUUCUUUAUGGGACAAGCAGAUCCUUCUGAAGGACUCAAGAAAGGGAUAAAGAUACUUGAAGAUCGUGCACACAAGAAUCCGGACUCAUGUAUCUUGCAUCUCUCUGAUAGUCCUACAAGAUCAUACCAUGCUACAAACUUGCAGUUCCCCAUUCCAAUCCAUCGGUUUCAUGUGGGAUUUGGUUUUGGGACUUCUAAUGGAUUUGUCAUGCAUGAAUUUGAAGAGUUCUUGGUGAGACUGCUCGGAGGCAUGAUCAGAGAUGUCCAACUGAGAAUCGGGGAAGAAGGCAGGAUUAUAAGGCUUGGAGAGCUAAGAUGUAACGAAGAAAGGAGAGUGUUAUUGAACAUGGGUGAUCGUGGACAUGUCUGCGUGGGAUACAGCUAUGUUGAGGAAGGAGCUGAUGAGUGCACCAGAACAGGGGAAAUUGUCCUAAGUUUAGGAGAUAAAAGGGACGAAGAGGACGCCAGCAUAGAUGUUGCAGCUGCAGCUGCAGCUGCAGCAGUAGCAGGGAGAGACGCCAACAUUAUUGGUGGAAGAACUAGCAGCGUUGAGAGUUGGGACUACCAUGAUCCUUACAUGGCUAGAAGAUGGGCUAAGCACUUGCAUGGUUAUAGAAUUUGAUUCGAGCAACCAAAAAGUUCCACCGUAAAUUACAUUUAUUUGUUUAUACAUCAAUCUUGAUCCACAAGAGUCAUUCCAUUUUUUUUAGCAACUGGGAAGAAGGGAAUCAAACUGAGUCGAUGCUUAGCGCUAGACUAUGCCUGUUUGUGACAUUCUCUGUGAGCUUCCUAUUCCAAAUGAUUUAAUUAAGCACCUAUGCUUAAACGGAGGCAGAAAAGUAUGUUCAAACGAGAGUGUGCUUUAACAGAAUUUACAAAUGUAGUUAAAAUAGUUGUACAAUUA